AUUAGACGUGAUAGGUCUAAGGUGCAUAGCGGAGGGAUGUACUCUCUUUAGAAUACAUACAGAUUACUCGUACAACACCAGCCAUGGAUACAAGCGUUUUAGCGGGGCAGAACCAGUGGGCUCUAAAACAACAGAGGGUUCGAUAAUAAUUUGGUAAUCACCAUGGAUGUCAACGGAACAUUGAGGGAAGAUCAGAUGAUCAUUUUGUCUGCUGUGUACUUAGUUUCUCUUACUCCCAGUUUGAUAGGUAGCGCUUCUGUUCUGUUGGUUUCCAUUGUAAAAUGGCAACGACUACAAGAACAGGUGCUGCCUUUGGUGCAGCUUGCCCUGGCAGACUUCCUGGCUUCACUAAUUCUGAUGUUCACCAGUGCAAUGAACCUCACAGGCUACUUCAGACACAGUGUCUCUUUCUGCCAACGAGCUCUGCCACUGUCACUGACAUUCUACCUCAUUUCAUUUCUGAUGGUGGUGGUUUACUCCUGGAAAUCUAAGAACAUAUUCAGAGGAUGGAGGGUGACACAGGGCCACAGCGAGGGCCAACAGAACCUAUGUCAGAGAACCACUAUAGCCUUAUCCCUGUACACCAUUCUAUGGUCGGUUCCUGUUGCCAUCUAUCUGUUGUACGUGAUCGCUACCUACCUUUGCACAAGCACGUUGUCUACGGACAUUCCCUAUGUCACCAAUGACAUCAUUCCCGCUGAUAACACAUACUGUACCAGCUGUAUACUGUUUUUGCAUGCCUGGGGAGAUCCGUGUCCGGCCUCGCAGGUCCUUCACGAUGCUUUUAUCAAAGUUCUUCUCUUUCUUGCACUCAUACCAGCACUUGUCUCCAGCUCAGUUAUGUAUUACAAGGUGGGCUACUGGUAUAAUAACUAUGACCAUCAGGGUCUACUUCCUGGGGAGGCAGAUGGACGUACUCGACACAGACUGAGGAGAAUAUACUCCACAGCGCGUAAUAUGGUGUUGAUCAUCCUAUUCUGCUGGACACCAGCACUUUUACUGACCAUCAUGUCUACCCUUUCACCAUGGACCAAAGUAUCACAAAACAGUAUUUUUAGUCUCUACAUCAUACAGGCAGUGAGCAUGUCGCUGCAAGGCUUCCUCAACAGCAUGGUCUACGCCUGGAGACGACCCAACUUCAUAGACGCCGUCCUAGGGGAGAGCACGCCCUUGUUGCUGCACGAGCGCCAGGCCUUCUUCGAGGAUUCACUGAGGACCACAACACGACCGCACACAAUUUGAACUCACAGAGACAUUGGUGUGCCACCAUGGCAUGUUGGUGCCGCUGGUGGAAUCACCGAGCCGGUCUGGGGUCCCUGUGUGUGGGGCUACCGGUUGGAGCCGCAGGGGUCAUGUCCCUGGGUCUCCGAAGGACGAAUCCAGGGGGAUGAAGAGAGCAGCAAAGGCCAAGGGUCUUUGACUUUGAUAUGGUCGUUCUGAACAAUGGAAUUCUUUGUAUAACAACUAAGUAUAAUAUUAUAUAUAAUAUUUAUAGAUAUAUUUUUGAAAGAGUCAUAGAUAAUAGCAAAUAAUAACAAAGAACAUAGCAGAAAUACACAUUACGGUAAAAUACAGAAGCAGCAGUUCAAGAGACCGUAAGGAUGGUGAAUAUGGACAUGGGAAUAAUAGUAUGAACUAUUAUAAAUAUUAAGUGUAGGAGUGCCGAUGAAUAGCAGUGGGUUGGAGUUGAAGAACAAAUGGCUUUCAUUCAAAGGUGCUGCUUUUGUGAAUUAGCAAUUAACAAUUUCUCAUUAACAAUUAAUAAUCAGCAAUCAGCAAGUAUACCUUUGUACUUGUAUGAGCAACAGUGACAACAACCCCAAACUCUUACCUACACUUGGCUUCUGAAUAGCCUGUGCCAAUUAAACAGAAUGUUGUGGUACAAACUCCUUAUUUAGCCGUUAUCAUAAAUAUAAACGUUUGUAUUACAUUUGUAUCUUUUCAAUAAAAUGUUGUUGAUAUUU